UUUGUGCGGUCCUAUAAAUGUUUUGAUGCGGCGCGUUCUUCGAAAAAUAUGGCAACACAUUUUAGAGCUUUCUAUUAGAAAAUGUCUUUAGGUUGUAUCUUUGUUACAUUUUAUUUCUCAUGGAUACCGUCUUAUGAUUUAGAAGAAGGAUAACAUUUCAUUACAAAAUGUCAGAAACUAUUGAGGACUAUCAAGUGCUUAACCUUCUUGGCACUGGUGGCUUUGCCAAUGUUUAUAGAGCCAGAUCCAACUUGACUGGCAAGGAAGUGGCUAUUAAAAUGAUUGAUAAAAAAAGGAUGAAAGCCAGCGGAAUGAGUGGGCGAGUGAAAAAGGAAGUUGAGAUUCAUUCCAGGCUAAAACAUCCAUCCGUCCUGGAGCUUUAUAAUUUUUUUGAGGAUGCCAACUACGUUUAUCUGGUGCUAGAACUUUGUCACAAUGGAGAGCUACAGCGCUAUUUACAGUCCUUGUCACAACCAUUCACAGAAGAGGAAGCCCGAAGACUCAUGCGCCAGAUUGUGGAGGGCAUUUUAUACUUACACUCUCACGGGAUUCUGCACAGGGACUUAUCAUUGUCAAACCUUUUAUUGAACAAAGAAAUGAAUGUGAAAAUAGCAGAUUUUGGUUUAGCUACCCAACUUGAAGGACCAGAAGAGAAACAUUUCACAAUGUGUGGGACACCCAACUACAUUUCACCAGAGAUAGCCAUGAGAAGUGCCCAUGGUCUGGAGGCUGAUGUUUGGUCCCUGGGCUGUAUGUUAUACACAUUCUUGGUGGGCAGACCACCCUUUGAUACAGACGCUGUCAAGAGCACAUUGAACAGAGUUAUCUCUGCUGAAUAUCGUCUGCCAAGUCAUUUAAGUCCUGAAGCCAAGGAUCUCAUUCAAGGAUUACUUUGUAAGAAUCCAAAGGACAGAAUACCACUCAUAGAAAUCCUGGCUCAUAAAUUUAUGACAUCUAAACCUUUGGUUCUAAAGGCCCCACAGCAGGUUACAGAAAUGUCCAUAGACAGUGGACAUGGAACUUUCUCAUCUGGGAAACACAGCAAUGCAAACUCCAUUCCAAGGAAUCAACCAAUGACAGCGUUCCCACUCAGGCGUCAACUACCCAAUCAGUCACAAAUUUUAGAAGAUGAAAAUGAGCAGUAUUGCAGUGGGAGAUAUUCUGACUCUGAUAGGGGCCAUGCUAGUCAGAGCCCUAGUCUAAUCAGCAGCCAUCCUACCAGCCCUCCAGUCAGAGACAGUAGGUCAGAAGAAGAGUUACAACGAAAUUGUGAGAGUUGCUCGUUGCAUCAAGAUAAAGCCAAGGUGUACGGAAACAGACCUAGGCAUGGAAUGCCUCCCAAUGAGUCACAGUCUAACUCUUCAGUUCAAGAAAGGAAGUAUCUGUCCCAUGAAGCUACUGAGAGAAGCUGCGGAGGUCUUCCCCCUCCAGCACUUCUACCCGCCGCCCCUGCACGGCCCCAUCGGGCAUACCACCCUCUACAAUCACUUUCCUCGGGGUCAAGUCACAGUGACUCAGAUUUCAGUUUGAACGCCACAAAAAAAGUGCUCAACUUUGACUCUGUGGCCAGUAGCCUUCAUGAGAGUCUACCCAGGGACAUGUUUAAAAACCCAUCCAACAUGCAGACCCAGGAGUUCGUCUCCAAGGUUCAGAACUAUUUAAGUCAACACUUUCCUCUACUACCUGGAGUUUUGGAAGAUCCAAGACUGAAAUCUUCUGCAGUGGUACAUCCUACUACACACCAGGUAUCAAACCCAAACCAGGAACAGACUGAAACUUAUAGACAAACAAAGGAAUCCUAUAAAUCAUCUCUCAAAGACAAACAGCCAGGCGGUGAAACAGUGGCUCCCUUCAACACAUCACGGCUGUCUCCUUGUCGCCAAGAGUUACCCAAUGUAGUGUUUCACAUCACCUCUAAUCAUGAUGUCUACUUGGAGUUUAUCAAACAAAGCAAGUCAGGGCAGAAAGCAAUGGUGUCUAAAGUCAUGGCUAUCUCAAGUGAUGGAAUGAAGGUCAAACUGUACAAACCUAAAGGAGGAAAAGCUAUUCCAGUCUCGGACCAGCCUCCCCCUGGACCAGACAACUGCGAGACCUAUAUACAUCCUGACAUGCCUAAAGAAUAUUUAGACAAGUAUCGCUAUGCUGCCAGAUCCGUAGCAGUCAUCAGAUCCAAGACCCCCAAGGUGAUCAUGUACACAGACAGGGCCAGAUACAUGUUGAUGGACAACUCGCCCGAGCCAGACUUUUGGGUCGACUUUUAUGAUGAUGUUAAGUUUCAUUUAAGUCGUGAAAAAAACAUUUUGAAAAUCAUAGAGAAAGAUGGACUCUCGAGGAUUCUGGAGGUGAAAGAUGUGCCUACGAGAUUGAAUGAGGACAGAUUGGAAAUGUGGGACUUGGUACAGAAGCAUUACAAGUACUGUUCUGCUGCUGAGGCCAAUAUGUUAGCUCUGGAAUCAACCAUUUCUUCCAAUAGCAGUAUUUUUCCUCUUUCGCUUGGAAGACCUCCCAAAAGAAGCACAAUCCCCAAAAGUUCAAAAGUAUCCAGUGAGACUAGAGUCACGGAGUCCUGUUCAAGUACUCAACCCAAAGUUCAGUCAACACCUUUUGAUGACACAAUGCUCAGCACAGCGUUAGGUAAUGUGACUCUAGACAAGACAGUCAAGACCAACUCUACACCCUCCUCUGUUGUAUCGUCUGGCAGCAGUAGGACUCAGCCAAAGCAGCAAAGUCUUACAGUUUUUGUAGCAGACGUGGGCUGGGCCACGCAGACCAGCAACGGGGAGGUCACAGUGUGUUUUCAAGAUGGCACGCAAUUAAAUGUGAAACAGGCUGGGACUAAUAUUCUAUUCACUGAUGUUGAAGGCAAAACAUUCAAGUUUGAAAAGUCGCACACAGUUCCAGACUUCGUCAAGCUCAAGUUGAGUAAACUGCCGUUCGUCUUUGAGAUGCUGCACAAUAAAUCUCUGUCUCAGUCCACCAUUUCUUCUUCGUCGUAGCCACAGGUCAAGAUAUUUCGGAUUGUUCCAUUGUUUUAGCAUUUAUUCCAAAAUCUAUUUCUACCCUCUGUAUUGUAAGUGCCUUACAGUAGAAGCAUGUCUACACAUCACUAUUGUGAUAGCCUUUUAAUUUUUAAAUAAUUAUUUGGUUGAUUAACUAUAUUUUCUGUUAGUUUUAAAAAAAAAUCAAUGCCUGCAAUCCUUAAACCUUUUUGUGUAAAAAAUUUAGAAUUUUAUUUUGUAAACAAAUAUUUUAUUACUAUUAAUGAAUAAUGGAAUUUUUAAGAUGUAUUUAUAAUUUAAGUCUGCUAUAUUUUUUUAAACAACCAUUAACAUUUUAUCACUUUUGUCAUUAUAUUUAAGAUAACCUUCUUGACUUUGUUUUAGAGAUAAAUGCAUUAUGUUUUGUUGGACAUAAUGUCUGAUAUUGUUUGAUAUAAUGCAUUAUGUUUUGUUGUUGGACAUAAUGUCUUUUGUUCUUGUCAAUUGUACAUACAAUUUCACUGCUGUUUAUCAGGCAAUGUGCCAUAACUCCUUGUAUAGUAUGUAUAUUUAUAUUCUGUACAGCUUUGUAGAGUUACCUUCCAUGUAUACUUCAUUUUUCUUUUACUUAGGGUAAGUCACACACUUGUCAUGUUCUAGAUGUUAGUCUCAUUCAACAUUUUCACUGCCAUGUGUGUUCAAGUAUUGAAUUAGGUCUCUUUGAUUUCAAAAUCCUGUAAGAAGAAUACAUGUCUCCAGUGUAAAUGUUAUGUUGAUACCAGGCUACUAGUUGUUGAUUUUAGAUAGUGAAUGGUGCUAUGAUUCAAAUAAAUUGAAAUGUUAGUUCUAUGA